CUUGUUCUGUGCUGGUGAAACUUCAGGGUCCUCAGCUGAAUGCAGGGGGGCCUCGUCCAGAGCACUCACAGCAGGUUCCAUCUUUCAUUCUUACUGGUACUACUUUGCACCAUUUUACUGAUCCACUUUUACUUGAAGGGCACAGCUGGGUUAUAGAUUUGGCGUCUAAGUGCAUAGCCCUGUAGCAUAUCAUGAAGAUCCUACACAUGCUUCUUUAUCUGAGGGUCUAGAGACCUCUGAAGAACCAACUUGUGUAAGCAAGAGUGAUCUUUGGAGAGACACUGUGCUCAGCUAAAUGGCUGUGGAUUAAGUGUGGAAGAAUGAGCUGUCAGAACAGCACAGGAGUGUUGACCUCACUGAAAUCUGGAGAAUGGAGGUCUCUGAGGUGGUGGAAGGGAACUGGUGAAAAUUGCAGGUCACAGAUGAUGCAAACCUGAACUGACUCUGAUAGCUCCCCCUGCCCUCCUGUCCUCAGUGUCACAGGCCUCAGUGUUGGUGAAACCUGCAGGCCAAUGGAGGAACAAGACAGUGAUUUUAAAGAGUUGUGGGCAAACCUUUUGGGUAGAGCCAAGAAAAAUGCUGGGGAUGCAGGGGCAGUGAAGAGGACUCAGAACAGAUCAAAGAGCACUGCAGCAAGGGGCAAACUGAGAAGAGGCAAAGCUGCUGCUAAGAGCCAAAACCCCCAUCACCUACCAAUAAGCUUGUCUCAAGAUUUGGGUCCAAAGGAACAAACCCUGGUGCACAAAGAAGAUGGUGACACUGUGGCCUUUAGUAGUGGUGAGACUGCACAAGGGGAUGGAAACAGAAGCCCUUUCCCUGCCAGCCAGCUGAAUACAGUAGCCAGUGAGUGUAGCCAGAGGACUCUGACAGUCAAUACCCUGAGUGGCUGUUCCCAGACAACAUUAUCCUUCCAUCCUGCUACACAGCCAGGGACCUGCUCUUCCCCCACCUCCAAGACGCCACCAGCGGCGUCGAAGAUGCGGGUGGCAGAGCUGGUAGUGGAGAGAAUGCAGCAGUUCAAGAGAGUGGCCCCUGAGCAGCUGAAACACAGCACAGAGAGGAGUUUGCCAAGGUCUGUAGCCAGUGGGGAUUUCCCUGACGAAAGCCAGGAGCAGAACCCACCAGAGAAUGAUACCCAGCAUCUUCCAUCCACGGAACAUGACGGUGCUCUGGCUUUCACUCUUCAGCAGGAAACCAAAGAGGAAGCCCUGGCAAGCUUGGAGGAUGCAGGCUUGUUUUUUUGUCAGAUCUGCCAGAAGGAUCUCUCAGCCAUGAACACAACGCGGCGACAGCAGCAUGUUAACAGGUGUCUGGAUGAGCUGGAAGAAGCACAAUCAUCCUCCAACAAACCACAGGUCCCUGAGUGUCCCAUCUGUGGGAAGCAGUUCCAAACCCUGCAGAGCCGGGUCACUCACCUGAAACGCUGUGCUUUGGAGAUGGAUGUUCCUCCUAAGCUGCUGCUUCAGGCAGUGCAGUUGCAGGUGUCCUCGCUUAGUGAUGCACCUCUUCAGUGUCCCAGCAAUCAACCAAGCAGGGCAAAACGAAAAGGCUCCUCCAAAGAGAACUCAAAGGAAAAGCAGAAGAGGGCCAAAGUGGAGAGCAAGGAUGAAGAUUUGCUGGUUGCUAUGGCAAUGUCACGCUCUCUGUUGGAGCAGGAGAAGCAGGAACAAGCAAAAUCAGUUACAAAUGUGAAACCAAUUGCUGCUUUGCCAAUCAAAUGGAAGCCAGGAUCAGAGAAAAAACGGCGUAGAAGAGGCCCAACUGCAGCCCCACCAUUGCUGCUCCAGGACCCAGAGAAGGCCCGCAAGAGGAUCCAGGAACGAGUGGCCAUGCUGCUUGCAGAAGAGGUGGAAUUCCCUCCCACCCCUCAGCUUCCCACUAGUAGGAUUUUGGAGGAUGAAGAUGGGAAAGCAACAUGGCUUCUUCCAUUGGCCAAAACCAGGGAGUGCUUUUUAUGGAAUAUCAGUGCUCUGACGGGACCCUGUGACCCUGAAUCGUUCUACACUGCUGGAUUAACCCCUCUCAUUGCACCUUGGAAGCCUGUGCAGAAUCAGAAGCCAGAGACCCUUCUGCCAUCAGUGGGAUCUGAUCAGCCAAAAGCAUCCCAGCAGAUUCAGCCUGAGCUCAGUUCUCAGGAGCUCACUUGUGCAGAGGUUGGAGGCCAAACUCCUGAUGAAUCCAAGUCAGGCCAUGAGGAUGGACAGGUUUUAUCUCACAGCCAGAAGGAUGUUCAGACUCUCCAGAACCUAAUUGAGUUGGCUGGGGAGGGACUUACCCUCACUCAGUGGAACCUUGAUGCUGACCAUGUUCAGGAAGCAGAGCAACCAGGAAAAGAACUGACUUCCAGUGAUAUUCCACACAGUGGCUUUGUCCCCCCGUCCAAAGAGAAGAACCUGCUGAGGAGCAGCUAUAAAAAAUCCUCUCUCAGAUUGCUGGCUGAAGAUUUCAGUGCCAUGCUCAACAACCCCCACUUAAGUGACCUGCAGUUCCAGGUGGACUCUGGGGAAGUCAUUUUUGCCCACAUGUUUGUCUUGUACGCACGGUGCCCCCAGGCUGCUGAGGCUGUUCACAGCCAAGGGUUCCUGGUGGAGGAGGACGGGCACCCGCAGACGCGCCGGCUGCUGCUGAGCGAGGUGCCGGGCGCUGCUCUCUGCGCCUUCCUGCGCUACCUCUACGCUGCUGACACCCACAUCCCCAUGGGGCUGCUGCCCCAGGUGGGGGCUCUGGCUGCCAGGUUUGGUGUGAGGGAACUGAUGGCAGUGUGUGAAAACAACACUGGAGAGAGUCAGAUGUCUUCUGGAGUGGAUUCAGAAGAUGAUCUUAUCUCUGUGAGGGACGACAAAGAUUGUGAGGACAGAGCUGAGAACUUCCAAGACCUCUUGAAGUCUAUGUGGGUGGGUGAAGAUGAAGAAGAAGUACCUAUGUUGAACCCUGAGUGCCAGAAUGAAGAUGACAAUGGGGUGGGUGAACAGGAGCUGGAGGAAAUCUAUGAGUUUGCUGCAACUCAGAGGAAGAUGGUUCAAGGUGAAAGAGAGGUGAGGGAGGGAACAGACUGCAGCAUCUGCAGUGACACUGAGGCAGCCCAGGGUCCCAACCUGCAGACUGAGGAAGAAGAGGUAAAGAGUUCUAAAUCUGCUUCAGUAAGCAAGAACUUCAAAGAUCUGAGGGAUGACAAUGAUGUGGAAAGAUCUAAAUGGGACUCACCUGCACAAGAGGAAAUGCAGAAUAUAAAUAGGUGCAAGAGUGUGAAUGCUCCACAGACAGCUUUUGUGCCUUCCCACAGUGACCCUCAGAAAGGGGGUGCAACAUCCCAUGGUGCCACUGGUAAUGAAGGAGAGACUGUUAGGAGAUGGGAAGAUGGGAAGGAUUCCAAGUCAUCUCAGGUCUCACAUGAUGGGGCAGGUCACUGUGAGAAACACCUCCCUAGCUUCCAUGGUGAUGCUAAUAUCAAUGAAAGUUACAACUGCUUGGUUUCUGCAACUCAGGGAGAUGACUCUGAGCCUUCCCCAAUGAAAGAAGGUACCAGAGAAUCAGGAAAGGCUCCUAGUGAAGAACAUGUUGAUGUUACUGAUGCACUUCUGUACAGCAAGUCACAAAAAGACCUCUCUCCACAUAGGAAUGGUUUUUACAGGAGUCCUGCCAAACCUCACGUGCCCCUUUUUCCUGAUGUUGGCUCUUCACCUGCAUCUCCAAAAUCAGAGAGAAGGUUUAUCACAGAACAUGUGUCAACACCAAAGCAGAACAGAAAGGAAAAAUCAUUGGCAUUGGAUGAAAUACCCCUUCAGAAAGCCAGUGAGCUGGAUCAUGGAGAUGACAACACAAUUUCUUCAGCAGGUCUUCCCAAUGUUGAUUUAAACAAGCAUAGGUAUGUCCCAGUGUUGUCAUCACCAGUCACCAGAACUCAGGAGGCUGCAGCUCAGGGGAACCAGGAGGGUUCUGUUAUUGUUUUAUCUUCUGAUGAUGAAAUGGAGUUGCAAGAAGACAAGAAGUCACCAGAAUCAGGCUCCAUUCUGAAGGAAAUGGAAAUCCCUGGGCAGCUGAGAUGUGCAAACAUAGAACAAGGUGCUGAGAUCCCACAAUCUGAAACUAAUUCAUCAGUCACUGAAACAGAGCAGAGAUCUACCCAGGUCUCAUGUGGCAUCACAGAUACAGUGCCUGUCAGUAAUGGUGUAAAGAUGUCCACUGAAUUGCCUCUGAGCCCACAAACAGAUGUUUGUAUGGAAAGCAAACACAGCCCAAACCUGAGCCCCCAAAAAAGGCUCAGUCCUGAGGUGUCUUCAGGUACAGACAGCUCCUGGCUAGUGCCAGACACACCAGUUCUGGGCAAAAGCAGAUGUUUCUCAACACAGACUGAGGUCUCAAGUAUCAAUUAUUUAAAGAGUCCACAGUCUAAGCUCAGCACAAAGAACUUAGCAGCAGGUAAUGGUAACCAUGACAUGGAUGGAAAUGUAAAAGUUUGUCAAACAAACUUGUCAGACAAACAUCUGCCUUUGGAGACCUCAGUCAGUGAAAGGAGGCCUUCCAGCAGCCCAGCAGCAGGAUCAUUUUCCAAAAACUCCCCACCAGUUUCUCCAGUGGAUCCAGCUCUCUCCCCUGGCCACACCAACAUAAUAAAAAGCAAAUGUCCCAAGAUCCCAUUUUUAUCCAAACCUGUGCCUCUGUGCCAUGAGCAGCCAUUGGAAGAUCCAACAAAUACCAGCGUGGUCGAGGUAGAGGACAGUGAAAAGGACACAAGUCUGCCUUCUGUGAGUAGUAGUGUCUUGCUGUGUGAUGACCCCCCAAUCCCCAUUGAUGACUGCUGGCAUGUUGAGUGUCUGUCACCAGUCAGAGGUGACAGCCAGGACUCCACCCAGGUGGGCCAUGCAAAGGCCAGCACUGCCAGCACCCCCAAACCAGGUUCUUGGCAUGAGCAGUGGGAGAGCCCAGCCCACCUGCAGGAGAUGAAGGGCAGCACCCCUCUUCAAGGGAGUCCUCUGGGCAGAAGAAGAACAAGGUUGCUCUCUCUGGAAAAGAGUCCUGUUGAGGCAUGUUCAUCAGUGAGCAGUAGACCAAGUUACCUGAACUCCAAAAUCUGGGAUGACUGGAAUGGAGAAGCAGUGGAAGAUGAAUUUCCAGAGGUGCUUCCUCUGUCUCAGAGAUUGCCAGCUGCAGUGGGUGCCUGCCAGACAGAUCCUGUAAAGACUCCUGAAGCUUCCUGUCAGGAGAAGGACAAGCCUCCCAGCACUCCCAUGACACCAAUGCCAGAUUAUUCCCUCAUGGAGACCCCACAGCUGAAGAAGGAGUUGCGCAGAUUUGGAGUUCGUGCUCUCCCCAAACGCCAGAUGGUGUUGAAGCUGAAGGAGAUAUUCCAGUAUACUCACCAGGACAUGGACUCUGACUUUGAGGAUAAAAUCCCAUCUUCCCAGCCUCCCUUGCAGAAGUCCCCAGCCAAAGGCUCCAGAGAGCCCAAGGCAGGGAGGGCUGCAGGUGGGAAGGGUGCCAAGGCCUCCAGAGCUGGGGGCAAAAGGAAGCAGGUUGCUACAGCUUCUUCAGGGGGGAGGGCUGAUGGUGACCUCGUUGGAUCCCAUGAAACAUGCUCUGCAGCACCCAAGGGAGGAGCUAAAAUAACACGUCACCCAGAAGGAGCUGAAGAGCAGGAAAGAUCAUCUGUAUCUCCAGAGAGAUGGUCUCUGGCAGAUGAUGGUGAAGAACCAAAGCUCUCAGCUUCUCAGGAGUCUGCAGUGUCUUCAGUGGAUGGAAGUGACAUCUCUUUUGGUUCACAGAGCUCUUUAUUGAAUGGAUUUGAAGCCUGUGCUUUUGCCUCUGAAGAGGAGGAAGAGGAGCUUCCAGCAUCUCAGGCAGCAGCUCGGGAGGAAGCGAAGCUGGAGGCAAUAAGGUGCUACAUCCGUUCCAACACAGCCCUGUACCACAAGGUUCUCUUCUAUGAGCCGAUUGAGCUGGCAGAGCUGCACACUGAGCUGAAACAGAAUGGCAUUAAAAUUUCCAAGGCAAAGCUGCUGGACUUUUUGGAUGCUCACUGCAUCACAUUUACCACGGCCAAAGCUCGGAAAGAGCAGGAACAGAGAAGAAAGGGGACCAAAAAACAGAGGAGACGAUACUGAACAGAGCCUGCUCCUCCAUCCUGGAAAUGUUGUACGUGGAGGCCUUCCUUGAUAAGCUGGAACCCCACUGCAGGCUGGUGCUGGGAUGGGUGGGUGCACUGCUCCUCCUUGUGGCCUGCUCUCCAGAUCACAGGUUGGAGAGUGGCUCUGCCCUGAGCUCCAGUUCCCAGCCCUCUGCUCCAAAUUGCUCCCGCUCCAGCUGCUCUCCUGCCCUCAGCAGCCUCUUUCUUCCCCUCGAUUUUCCUCCUGUGCCUUUUCUUUUCUUUCCAUUUUUCUAACAGGCUUAAGUCCCCAACUUUUCUUCGUGUUGGUGCUUCUAGAGGCAGAUGUUACCCUCAGUGACACUUCCAGGAGCUCUUCCCUGGCCCUGGGCUGUGAAAUGCUUCACUCUUCAAGUUCCAGUGUUCAGCAGAAUAACCCACCUGCAAGAAACCAGCCACUUUUCCCCCAUGUGAAGCACUCAGUGUUUUGACCCCAGUGACUUCCAUCUUCAUUUCUUCAGCCUAUCAUUGCCCUGCUGGUUGGUAAGGCAGGAGCUUGGUGGAAACACAAUGCCUUUCUUCUGCCCUUGGUCCAUUUUGCCACCUCUGGUAAAAACUCCUCAAUCUGUGCUCCUUAAGUGGCUGUAAAACAGCAGAGGUGUUUUUCUGGUCUCUUUGUGAUGGCUCCCAAAAGUGCCCUCUGACACCAGAUGUCACGUGAAAGGCCUUUAGAUUUGAACAUCCAGGUCUGGAUGUGUUAAAGAUGCCAUCAGCUCUACUUCCUGAAGACUUUGUCACCUGGAGUCUGUCCCCAGCAGAGAGGUUUUUAAGCAGUAUCACUGUGAGCACUGGAUCUCUUCAGCACUUCUUACAACCCGAUCUAACCCCACUUCUCUGAUCAGUCUCUUUUCCAAACUGGACUGCUCUUAUGUUGAAAAUUGUCUGGGACUCUUGGGGACAGUCUUGGACCCUAAAUUGUCAUCUUUUGUGUAUUUGCUUUCACAUCAUCUUCUGACUUUUGCCUGUUCUGGCAGUGCUGAGUCUGCACAGGGUCUCACUGAAGAAAAUGGACACACUAUUUCAAAAGAAGAAGCCAGAAUUCUAAACAUAUUUAUGUAUUUGGAACAUAAAAAUAUUUUUUCUAUUUUUGACACAGUAUGUCCUUGGGUUUUAUUUGGUUUAUAUUACAUACAAUAAACAAUUUGUAAGGUA